UAGCAAUUAGUACCUCACAAAGCAGAGACAGAACAAUAGAUUUGAUCAAGAUAAAGGACAGGUUUUGUUCUAUUUAUCCUGUUUUGUAUCAUUCACCAAGUUUGAGGAACAAUCGCUGAUGUGUUACAAGGACAUUGUUGCGAUCUUUAUAUAUUCAUUAUACGUCACUUGGUCACAUUCCCGUAGUGGGUGGACGUCCUGAGAGCUUACACAUUUUGCAUCAACCAGGUUCAGACCACUGACUGAUCUCCUACCUAUUUGAACAAACUAAGUAUGGCCAGUUCCAACGCGAACCAAUUUACCGUACCGGUAGGUACUCGCCACUCAAUCGGUAUCAAAAUCCAAUGCCUAAUGGCUUGGCUGUUGGAUGGUAUAGACGAUCCAAACGAAGCCGAUGCGCACAACCUACCACCCUUAUUACAAUUGCAAUUUGGCCAAGACACAGCACAAGAAGUUAUAGGUCAUGCACGGAAGACGCUCAAGGACCAUGGUGUCCCCAUCGCCGAAUCGUCUGAUCCUCCGGACACCUUUGAUAAGUGGCACGUCGACUUGAUCCAUAAUGACACUGAUCACCCUGUGCAAGAAGUCAUCCACAAUGACUAUCAAUGGCAGAGCCUCGAGAUCCGCAGCCCGGCGAUGUGGGCGGGGCAAGAAGCCUAUGACGAAGUCAAGUACGUCGUCAACCUCCUGAAGUCGAAGCACCGCCUCCGAGUCAAUCCGUCAUGCGACUUCAUAGUCUACAUCGGGAAUGGGAAGCGGCACUUCACGGCCGACACAAUCAAGCGACUGAGCAUCCUCCUCUGGACAGCCGACCCCAUGCUCUCCCGCCUCCACGCCCCCUGGCGCAGUGUCAGCGACUGGUGUCCCACCAUCCGCCACCACAGCGAGCUGGCCCAGAACUCCCCGCUGCCCGGCUUCCCGCCCCUCUCCGAUCCCAUCCCCGUCGUCCCCUUCUCCGACACGACCCGAGAGGAAAAAGAGCUUGCUGGAAAGUGGCACGAGCACGCGGAGUGGCGGCGCACUCAGGGUCCGUUCAUGACGCUCGACAACGAGCGCGUCGACCCCUUACUGGGCUGGCCGCCACAUGCGUCCGGCGCCGCCAAGAAACAUGGUACAGCACCACCACCACCACCACCAGAAGGAGCACCAACAACCAUCAGCCCCUUCAUCCCGCCCGCCUGGCAAUCCCUCCUCUCCGAGCAGCGGCGCCUGCGCCCGCACACCUUCAGCCACGUGCCGCCGCAGUACACUGAGCACGUGAACCUGUACGUCGACCUGCCCGAGCAGCAGUGGCGCCGCAUCGGCUGGCUGCCCUCGUCCACCUACCCCGGCGCCCCGCCGUACCCCGAGCGCCCCGGCGACGAGCACGGCGAGCCCGCCGUCACCACCGUCGAGGGCAUCGUCCGCCUCGCGGCCGCGCGCUCCGCGCUCGACGUCGGCAUGGUGCUGGGCGGGAGGACGAAUUAUAGUUUUAGCCACUACGCGCACAAGGCGCUGAGUGCCGCUGGCUCCUCUAACUCUAACUCUAACUCUGGUGCUGCGACGGUCGAGUUCCGCGAGGCGGGCGCGUCGCUCGACGGCGAGUGGAUCGAGAUGUGGCUGCGCGUCGUCGUGGGCGUCGUGAGGUUCGCGCGCAGGGCGGGCUCCGCGGCGUUCAUGGAUGUGGUGCAGAAGCUGGUCGAUCAGGAGGAGAGAGAUGCGAAGAGGAGGGCGUGUGGGGGACGCCACGAGACGGUGGAGAAGGAUGAGGAGAGGAGGUACUCGGUGUGUGAUUGGCUGGAAGAUAUGGGGUUGUGGGCGGAGGCGGCGUGGGUUUUGGGGAGGGAGAAUGCGGCGGGGGUGGAGUUGCCGCCGUAGGGGGUGUUUAUGAUGUUAAGGCGUUGAAGUCGGGAUUGGGUUGGGUAGGUAGAAGUCUUUUGUGUGUUUUUAUGUGUUUUGCGUGUGCCGGCCUAGUAGACCACUGAUAAUACCCCCCCCAUCCCGUCGCUAUUUCUUUGUCUACGGUGUUAGGUAGGUACCUGGUUAUCGAAAGGAGGACAAGGAGUCUAUAUAGUAUCAUUUAGAAACUACCUACUUCAACUCGUAUUCUGCAUAAGUAGGUAGAUAGGUAUAUACAUAGCUAUCACGUUUACUCUCAAGUUUCACAUAGUUGCUUACCUAUCCAUUGCAACUUGGGGUUGUUCGUAUUGGUGUAAGUGCUGCAUAGGAAAAUAUUAUAAAAUAUUAUACUAACUACUAGUAGUAUAAAUACUAAAAUUACUAAAUAGUACAUGGAGUAUUACAAGUAUAU